AUGACUAUUAAUCUGUCUCCACCGGGGCCAGAGCAGUUAGCCGAAGAUGCAUUUGAGGCCCCGAAACGAGACUGGCACAAACGCUACAGUGUCCCACGGCGAAUGAGCGAACGACGGAUAACCGUACGACCGUACGAGAGCUUUAGGGAUCGGAGAGAAAACGACAAGCCUCACAUCACCUAUGGAUAUGCUGCCCUGAGCACGGAAAGAAAACAUGUAGAUGAUGAUGAAUACAAUCAAGAAGGUUGUUCUACACCACCGAGCCCAUCAACAUUUUCCAUAUACGGUGAUGAUCCUGGACCCUCUUCAGUAAGUUACGCUCUUCACCAUUUCCUUAUUGAUAUUUCUUGGAAGCCCUUGUUCAUUGCAAACUGUUCCUUUCUGCCCUGUUCUUCGAAGUGA